AUGGAGAAAUCAUUUUCUCAGUGUCUAACAAAUGUAAGAGAAGAUUUAACACAAAUAAAGCAAAUAAGGAAUUAUUUAGAUUCUAACACAGAUUCUCAAAAUCAAAAAGACUAUUCAUUAAAUUGGCAAACCAUUGAAGCCUACAAUAAAAUUUUGGGUACCUGCUCAUUAGGCACACCACCUGAUAUUGAUUUUUUGAACACUCUUCUUGAUAGUUUUCAAUUUAUAUCAAAUAAUAAAGAAGAAAAUGUAACAUGGAGUAAUUUUGGCUUUGAAUUGGGAGUCUUGUGCCUUAAAAUACUUUCAGCAAUUGAACAUUCAGAAAUGUUUCAGUAUUUCUUUACAAAACUUUUAACAGUAAUGAAUUCUUUUUCUCAACAUACUUCAGAUGUUUGGAAAGCAGCAUCACGUCCAAUAUUGAAUGUCAUAAUAAAUAAAAAGUUUUCAAUUGAUUAUUUAGAAACAGUACUUACACUUUAUAUUUCUAUAUUAAAAAAUAUUGAUUACACAUUAUUACAAGACUUUGCACAACAUAAUCUUAGCAUUUUAAAAACGAUUUCUAAAUUAAUUGAAAAAUCAGGAGAUUUUGAAAUUCAAAAAAAUAUAUUUAAACUCUUAUACCUUCACGUGCAUGGUGACAAAGUUUUGAUUGAAAAUUUAUUUAAGGAGUUUAUUCCAGAUGUAAAAGGAUUAUUUCAUAAAUUUCAAACAAUGAAAUUCGAGGAUGUUUGUAGAAAUUAUUUAAACAAUUUAAACAAAAACUUAAUGUCUAAAAGAGAAGUUUUUUCUAUUAGUUGCACAAGAUUGUAUGCGGGAGGAUAUCUUUUGGAGCCACUCACCGAAAACCAAUUUUUUUGGGUUGAUGCAAACAACAAAAGCCAAAGAUUAACUUUUCAAUGCAAGAGCACUCUACCAAAUUCAUCUGAAUCUUGUACGAUUCAUAUUAAAUUUUCUGAUAUAACAGGCAUUAAAAUCGAGCAUGAAUUUGAAAAAGAAUUUAAAAUAUUAUUAAAAGGAGAAGGAUUACAAAAAAUUUUCAAACAAGUCAAAAAAGAUGAAAUAAUUUGUUUGAAGGGUAUUAAUCGAAUCAUUCCACAGGCUUUGACAUUAUUAAAUAAAAUUGAAAGUGAAAUAAAUACUGAAAAACCAUGCCCUCCGCAUAAAGUUAAUGAAAACAAAGAAAACAAAAUGAUAGGAAAUGGGUCGAUGAACAUUGGAAUUCACGAAAAAAAUGACACUAUUGUUAUUGCAAAAGAAAAAUCACCCAAACAUAAUUCAUGCAUGAAUAUUGAAAGGAAUAAUAACCAUGAAAAAAUAAAAAUUUUUCCAGAUAUAGUACCUGAAUCUGAAGAAUUAACAUCCAAUUCUUUUGUUGAAACAUUAAAUGCAAAUAUCGAAUUGAAAAAUACAAAAGAAUCAGAAUCGAUAAAUAAAUAUAAAUCGAGUCACAAACUUUUUCGCGACUGCGAAAAUUCUUUUUUCGACAUUGUCAACAAUGAUUUUCCAGAGAGAGAAAAAAAUAAAAAUGGAAACAAUUUAAACACGAGAAAAACUAAAGAAUUAAUAAAAAGUAAAGAUAAAUUAAAAUCAAAUUUUUACGACGAUGAAAAAAAACAAUUUGGAAUAUCAAGCUCUCAAUCGGAUAAUUAUUUUCGUGGAGGAAGUGUUGAGAAAAAAAUGAAACCGACAUUGCCGAAAUUAGUAAAAGGAAAAAAUUAUAAAAAUGAUGAAAAUUUUCCAAAAUCUUCUCUAUUAGAUCCUAACGGUUAUGCAUUUCGUCAGUGGAUAAAACCGGCCACUUCUGAAAGAAAGCCUAUGGACAAUGUUAAAAAUUUACUUUUACAAACAAAUUUUUCAAAGGAAAAACAACAGGAAUCGUUAAAAGAAAAGUCGGAAGUACCUAAUGCGACAACAACAGCAAAAACUUUUGUGGAAGUGUCGUCAAACAAAGGUGAAAAUAUGUCAACGGAAGAAAUGAAAAAUUUACAAAAAAAUUUCGAAAAAAAUUUUUCAACUUCUGAACAAAAUAUUUUCGAUUUAUCCGAAACUGUUGAAAAUAAAAACAGUCAAUGGAAAAUUAGCGGAAACGAAUCAGAUUUAAAUUUUUCUGACUUAUAUCCAUCGUCAGACAUUUCCGAAAAAGAAUUCGAAUGGGAUUUUAAUGAGAAAAUCGAGUGGGAAAAAAUGGAAUUUUCCGGAAGUCUUCUUAAUUCUCACGAAUUUCAUAAUCACGAAGACGAUUUGAAAAAAUUCGAUACGGAUUUAAAUUUUGAAUCUUGGGAAGAUUUUUUUUUAAACGUCAUUGAAAAUAAUAAUAAUAAUAAUUCCAGUGAAGAAAUGGAUAAAAAUCAAAAUUUUCCUAUGGAAAACAUGAGUAAAAAAAUGAAAACAAACGAAUCAUCAUUUUUUGUUAUGAAAACUCAAAUUGAUAAAAUAGAAGAAAAAACAAAAAAAGAAACAAACGAAAUUGUCAGAUUGUUUAACGCCACAGCGAAACGUUUCGUUAAUAAAUUAAGGGAAGAAUAUUAUAAUGACGUCAUUUCCUUUAUUCGAAAUACGACGGAUGCAACAUUUGCAUUAGGCAGACUCGAUUUCGAUGAUUUAAACGAUUCUAUUAAAAAAUUUUACGUAUAUUUUAGAGAAAAAUGUUCCGUAUCGAAUUAUUUGGACACGAUUCAUUCUCAAAUAUCAAUAAUUGAAAAAGCAGAAGAAAUUUUUUUUAACUCUAAUGAAAAAUCCCUGUGGAAAGGAAUCGAAAGUGUAAAUAAAGAUCUGGAGUCGAUGAUAAACAAAGAAAUCGAACAAUUAAUCGGGGAUGAAGCUGACGGACAAGAUGGCGGUGUUAAGAAGAACAUGAAUUAA